ACAAGGUUCUUUUCGAUCUACUGAAAGGGAGCAUCGCUUACAAGGUAAGAAAGGGUAGCGAGGAUGACGCAAACCCUAAAGAAAUCCUAAACCAUUUCUCGUUGUUGCCUAAACAAUACUCCACUUCUACGCGAUUUCGGAAGAAUGCUGCUCCGAUCUACGCAGCUUCCACCUCAAAUGGCGUGGAAUUCGUUCUUAUCUCACCUAUGGAGCGGUUUGCCCCUGUAGCUGAGGAGGCCGUUGUCGUUCAGCAAGGCGGGGUGGUGAUCGGGGCUUACCGAUGGCUUCCAGGGCGGCCCCGAGGCAGAAGAGAUCAGUGACUGCGGCGAAAGUCGUGAACUCACCGUCAUCGUCGAUCACAUCCUCGUCGAGAUUAGUGUCAGAGGUUGCGUCGGUGGAUGGACAGAGCUCACCAGCGUCAUCUUCGUCCAAGAGCAAGCCGCAUUCCUAUUUGGAGAGCCUCGCGCUGGAGACGGAGGUGUCCAAAGAGAACGUGACAGUCACAGUCCGCUUCCGCCCGCUCAGCCCGCGAGAGAUUCGCCAGGGGGAGGAGAUUGCUUGGUAUGCGGACGGGGAUACUAUUGUUAGAAGCGAAAAUAAUCCAUCGGUGGCAUACGCGUACGAUAGAGUUUUUGGACCUACAACUACGACUAGGCUUGUGUAUGAUGUUGCAGCUCAACAUAUUGUUAGCGGUGCUAUGGAGGGCAUAAAUGGAACCAUUUUUGCUUAUGGAGUUACAAGCAGUGGAAAGACCCAUACAAUGCAUGGAGAUCAAAGGUCUCCUGGUAUAAUACCAUUGGCUGUGAAGGAUGCGUUUAGCAUUAUACAAGAGACACCAAAUCGAGAGUUUCUUCUUCGUGUCUCCUACUUGGAAAUCUAUAACGAGGUAGUUAAUGACUUGCUUAACCCUGCUGGCCAGAACUUGAGAAUUAGGGAAGACCUUCAGGGCACUUUUAUUGAGGGUAUCAAGGAGGAAGUUGUAUUAUCCCCUGCCCAUGCUCUUUCUCUUAUAGCAGCUGGUGAAGAACAUAGGCAUGUGGGAUCAACAAAUUUCAACUUGUUGAGCAGCAGAAGCCAUACAAUAUUUACACUGACGAUAGAGAGCACUCCCUGUGGCGAUUAUAGUGAAGAUGAAGCUGUUAAUCUUUCUCAACUUCACCUAAUCGACCUGGCAGGCUCAGAGAGCUCGAGGGUUGAAACAACAGGAUUGAGGAGGAAAGAGGGAGCUUACAUCAAUAAAAGCUUAUUGACCCUUGGAACUGUUAUAUCAAAAUUAACAGAGGGAAGAGCUAGUCAUAUUCCAUACCGUGACUCUAAGUUGACACGUCUGCUUCAAUCAUCUUUGAGUGGUCAAGGGCGUGUGUCUCUUAUAUGCACGGUUACUCCAUCAUCCAGCAAUGCAGAAGAAACACAUAACACAUUGAAAUUUGCUCAUCGUGCAAAACGCAUUGAGAUUUUAGCAUCUCAGAACAAGAUUAUUGAUGAAAAAUCAUUGAUAAAGAAAUAUCAAGUUGAGAUACGUUGCCUGAAGGAAGAACUAGAACAAUUGAAAAAGGGCAUGUUAUCUGUUAAUGUUCUAAAAGAUAAUGGAGGGGAUGACAUUGUUCUUCUAAAGCAAAAGCUUGAAGAUGGUCACGUGAAGAUGCAAUCUAGGCUUGAACAAGAAGAAGAGGCUAAAGCUGCUCUGCUUGGAAGGAUUCAGAGAUUAACGAAACUAAUUUUGGUUUCAACGAAAACAACGCAUUCUCCAAGGUUUCAUCAGCGUCCAGUUCCUAGAAGAAGGCAUUCCUUUGGAGAAGAGGAGCUUUCAUAUCUUCCAUUUAGAAGACGUGAUAUGAUAUUAGAUCAAGAAAAUAGUGACUUUUUUGGUUCGCUUGAAGGAUAUGGAGAGACAGAUUAUUCAUCAAAGGAAGAGAAAAAGGGCAGAAAGCCUGGGCUUUUAAACUGGUUCAAGCUGAGGAGACGUGAUACUGCUCUCACAAGUUCGGAUGGUGAUAAGUCUAGCGGCACAAAAUCACUUACUACACCUUCAACUCCCCAAGCUGAUUGUGCAAACCUUCCUUCAGAACCAAGAAUUUCAAAUUCUAUACUCUCAGAGUGUUCUCCUGUCAAUGCCCUUGCAGAAGCCUCACUCAACGGAGAUCUUGCUUCCGAAAAUGUUUCACUCCAAGAAACGCCGCUGGCUAGCACUAGCACAAACACUAUUGAUCAUGUUGAUCUAAUGAGAGAACAGCUAAAAAUAUUGGCUGGGGAGGUUGCUCUCAGUUCAAGUGUUCUUAAACGACUUUCAGAUGAGGCAGCAAAUAACCCGAGGAAGGAACAAAUUCGAGUGGAGAUAAGGAAGGUUACUGAUGAGAUAAAGGCAAAGAAUCAGCACAUGUUUGCUUUGGAGAAACGCAUUGCAGACUUGCUUUCUGAUAAUAAAAACAACCACAGAAAGUUGGACCUUUCACCGUCCUAUGCUGCACUUGUAGAACAACUAAAUGAAAAGACCUUUGAACUUGAGGUAAAAACUGCAGAUAAUCGAGUAAUCCAGGAUCAGUUACAACAAAAGAUUUGUGAAUGUGAAGAGUUGCAGGAGACGCUUACUUCACUAAGACAGCAACUUUCAGAAGCUCUUGAUAAGAGGAGUUCCUCUUCUUCCAAUCCGGCAGAAUAUAGCAUUAAUGUAAUGAGCCUUCAUGAGCUACGACGAAGAAAAGAAAGCCUGCCAUUAAGAGAGAGUAAUUCUGAGCUGCAACAACCACAUCUGGAACAUGAAAUUGAAGAUCUGAAAGGCAAAAUCUCCGAACUCACAGAAGCAAAAAGCCGACUCGAAGCACAAAACCAGAAGCUAGCAGAGGAGAGCCAAUAUGCAAAGGGACUCGCUUCAGCUGCAGGUGUGGAGCUGAAGGCUUUAUCAGAAGAAGUUACUAAGCUAAUGAACCGCAAUGAGGGGCUCGCCAAUGAAUUGUCCCUUCUGAAGAAUUCCUCCAACCGUCGAGCAACCAAUGGAAUGAAAGUCACGAGGGGUAACGGUCACAUUAAGCGCCACGAACCAACCAGCAGGCGAGAUUCUAACUCUAGCCAUGAGAGAGAGCUCGCGCUCGAGGCGGCUUUGAUGGAGAAAGAGCAGAGAGAAACAGAGCUGCAGAAAAAGAUGGAGGAAUUGAAACAGAAGGAAGCCUUUUUGGAGAACGAUCUUGCGAACAUGUGGAUUCUUGUGGCAAAGCUGAAGAAAUCUCAGGGAAGUCGAACGGAUGCUCUGGAGGACGAUAAAUAACUGGGAGUCGAGGCUUCAAGAAAUGGGAAUGCGGGGGUAGAUUUGUAAUUGUGAUGGAGGUUGAUUGAGCUGGUUCUUUAUUGAUCUUUUAUGUAAAAGAUGAUGUUUGUGCAAAUUAUAUUUGUUUUUUGGGUUCGGUUGUAAAAAAAGGGAGGGCGGUGGAAAACAAAGGUUGUAUAUGAGGAUAACCACAUAGUGUGAAUCGAGCUCAUUCUCUUCCUUUUUUUUU